UCCAGAUACUUUACUUUCUUCCCUAAAGCAGAAGUUUUAUUUAAAAUAAAGCAAAGCUACUUCUUUGGUACUUCUGGGCAAUCCUUUUUUGAAGAACCACAGCAAUGAGUGGCUUUGGAGCCCUACUUCGAAGAAACCAGUCCAUCCUUCUGGUGCUCUUUCUUUUGCAAAUUCAAAGUCUGGGUUUGGACAUGGAUAGCCGUCCUACCACUGAAGUCUGUGCCACACACACAAUUGCACCAGGACCCAAAGGAGAUGAUGGUGAAAAGGGAGAUCCAGGAGAGGAGGGGAAACAUGGCAAAGUGGGACGCAUGGGGCCAAAAGGACUUAAGGGGGAGCUGGGUGAUGCAGGAGACCAGGGCAACAUUGGCAAGACUGGGCCCAUUGGUAAGAAGGGUGACAAAGGGGAAAAGGGUUUGCCCGGGGUGCCAGGAGGAAAAGGCAAAGCAGGCACCGUCUGUGACUGCGGAAGGUACCGGAAAGUUGUUGGACAACUGGAUAUUAGUGUUGCUCGCCUCAAAACAUCUAUGAAGUUUGUCAAGAAUGUCAUAGCAGGGAUUAGGGAAACUGAGGAGAAAUUCUACUACAUCGUGCAAGAGGAGAAGAACUAUAGGGAAUCCCUGACCCACUGCCGGAUCCGGGGUGGGAUGCUGGCCAUGCCAAAGGACGAAGCUGCCAACACACUCAUCGCUGACUAUGUGGCCAAGAGUGGCUUUUUCCGGGUUUUCAUCGGGGUGAAUGACCUUGAGAAGGAGGGACAGUAUGUGUUCACGGACAACACUCCGCUACAGAACUACAGCAACUGGAGAGAGGGGGAGCCUAGUGACCCCUACGGUCACGAGGACUGUGUGGAAAUGCUGAGCUCAGGCAGAUGGAAUGACACAGAGUGCCAUCUUACCAUGUACUUUGUCUGUGAGUUUGUCAAGAAGAAAAAGUAACUCCGCAGAUGCUAUACAUUUGUUAUUUCUCUGUGACUAUCAUUGCAGUUAUUUUUAUACAUCCUUUUCUUUCUAAUUACACCAAAUUCAUUCUGACUCAAGACAAGUAGAAAAUGCUGAACUGAGGUUUGGAAUCCCCAUUGCCAUGGUCUUCUUUGAUGAUUUUGAACAUUUUCAUACACAGUAUAUUAUCGAGCCAAUAGCUCACCAAGUUACAUGGAUCCUCAGAGAGAGUUUGAAUUACUAGUUGUGCAGGAUGUGGUUGUCUAUGUGUCAAAUGAAAUGUUCUCUUGGCAUUUGCUCUGCCUCCUCUCCCUAGACCCUUAAGCCACUGUCUAUUUAGCCCAGUGGAUAAUUGGACAAUUGGUUGGUGAUGAUUAGGCUAACUUGCCCUUGCUCAAAGCCAGACAUAUGGGAAGGCCUUCUGUUGGGAAUGCAUAGAUAUUAUCUGUCUUUGAAGCCAAGAUCCCCUAUUCUUUGGUCAUUCACCAUGGCUAUAGCCACACUGGAAAUGUCCUCUUGUUUGCACAUAUAUAAAAAUACUUCAACCCCAAACCUCUAUCUGAGAAACUUCUAGUCGGUGACCUGUUCCAGACCAUAUGGAAUCACACAGACAACUUCUAUGCUUCUGAUUGAUGACCUUCACUGAGGUCUACCAAGCAGUUGCCUUGGUCUCUUUCGAUAGGCCCACAGCUGAAUCCCAGGGCUCCAGGUUUUAACUCUGAGUUGAGGAAAGGGGAGCUUUAGAAAUUGAAAAGAAAAAAAAGAGAGAGAGGAUUUUUUCCGAAUAAUAUUAUUUAUAAUCCUCCUGUUAAAUUGCCCCCUGCUACUAAUAUGGCCCCAUUUUUCCUUGUCUUGGGUUUAGCCAUAUCAACUUUUCUCCCCUUAUGCAUGGGGAAUGAAGGAAGGAGUUCGUGAAGCUUUCAGAAAACUCUAGAAGUUUCAAGGUGCUACCAGUGUCAAGUCGCCAAGUCCUCUCCUCCCUGUCUUUAAUAUAUCACUUAUGGUGACAUUUCAUGGGAGGCAUUUUACUUUCCGUAACCGUAUUUUGUAAAAACCCCAUACCAGAGAUGCCCUUUGAGGUACUCUGACAUCACAGGAAUGUGGUAGGUGUGGAGUUUGGAACAUGCCUAUGACUCACAUUUAUUGAGCUGGUAAAAUUCUACUUUGAUCUGCCAAUCAAAACUCAAAGCAGCUUUCGUUUCAAAUUUGAAAAUAAUAUAGUUCAACAAAACUCUAGAUUUUCUCCUUAUAAACUGCUGCUCCAGUUAUAGUUUGUGACAUAUGAUUAGACUGUUUAAAAUGCUGGCAAAUGGUUAAUGAAAUAAGAGAAAUGGAUCAACAACAUAUGUUCACCUUAAACCAUCUGUCCAUGAUUUCACCCAUGACUAACUGGUUAUGAGAUAAGAUUAAAUUAGGUUAUUUCUGUGGGUUUAUCGAGAGUCACAAACUCAGGUCCUACAGGGGCUGUACAAGAUGACACAAAUAAAUCCAGUGGAACUGGUGGGGAUCCUAGUACUGAAUACAGCUUAUUCUUCUAAAGGAACCAGCUUCCCUCCUCUACACUCCCCUCCCUAUCCCCCCCCGCGCCCCACAAUGCACUGCUAUGUUUGCUACAGAGGAUCCAAUAUCACGGCAUGCUCUGAUAUUUCAGGAGAAGUCAGAAACAUGGAACUUUAUGAUAUAUUUUCAUAUUUUUAAAUAUUGGCAACUAGUCAAUUUUUAGCCCAAGUUUUAAGUUACACAAAACAGUCUAUUAGCCAAAAAAAAAAAAAAAAAAAAAAAGUGAAAUUUUCAUUUCUCAUCUCUGGGGAAAAGUUCUGAAGAUUCUAACCAUGCCAAAUGUCAUUAGGAUACAGUGACAUCAAAGUCAAGGUCUCCCAUUUAUACUUCAGUCAGUUCAGCUCAAUUACAGGAAUUUGUUCAAUGUUUGCUAUUUGUCAGGUUAAUAAACUAGUUACGUAUUCAGAGUUUUGAGAAUGUGGCAUAUGAUAUUUUGAAGGCAAGUCAGUUUAAUAAAAAUUAUAAAGCAGGACACGAUAUCAAAACCAGUAACCUUGGGUGGAAUGCCAACCAGUCAAAUGCAUGAGGCAUAAGAACCUAGGAACGGCUGGAGGAAAAGAAAGGGAUAAGCCGAAAAGAGAGGGGAUGCACAGCAAGCAUUGCUUACAGGCAAGUGGCAGUGGGAUCUGCGUUCCGAUUUGUUCUAGACUACUACUAUUAUUAAAGCAUUUCUUUUAAUGACUCAUCUUUGCUGCCAGUGCUUCCGAAAGAAGACGACAGAGUAUCUAAGGCACCACACACCUAAUUAGAUUUACUGUAAAACUUACUUAAAUUUGUGAAGCCCUUUGUGCUUUAUAAAUA